CUGCCGCGCCGGUUAUACGUCAGCCGCGGGAAAUUCCCGUCCCGCCAGGCUGCCAGCCUCUCGGCCGGGCUGGGAAUCGUUUCUCGCCCUGCUCCGCCCCCUGCCCUUGGCUCCCGCAAGGUGGACAGGCGACGCUGGGCGACCCGGAGCGCAAGAAUUCAGGGGGUGGGAAGGUGUGAUCCUCAAACCCAGCCGAGGGCGGGAAGAAGGAGGAGGACCCUGGGGUGGUCGGGGGACUGGGGGCCCCGCCGGCAGAGGUCCCUCGGCCUCCUGACUGACUGACUGACUGCGGCCGCCUCGGGCCGGGACGCUGGGAGCUGCCUGCGGGAAGGCGCGGGGAGCGGAGCCAUGGCCUCCGGUGCAUAUAACCCGUAUAUAGAGAUAAUUGAACAACCCAGGCAGAGGGGAAUGCGUUUUAGAUACAAAUGUGAAGGGCGAUCAGCAGGCAGCAUUCCAGGGGAGCACAGCACAGACAACAACCGAACAUACCCUUCUAUCCAGAUUAUGAACUAUUAUGGAAAAGGAAAAGUGAGAAUUACAUUAGUAACGAAGAAUGACCCAUAUAAACCUCAUCCUCAUGAUUUAGUUGGAAAAGACUGCAGAGACGGCUACUAUGAAGCAGAAUUUGGGCAAGAACGCAGACCUUUGUUUUUCCAAAAUUUGGGUAUUCGAUGUGUAAAGAAAAAAGAAGUAAAAGAAGCUAUUAUUUCAAGAAUAAAGGCAGGAAUCAAUCCAUUCAAUGUGCCUGAAAAACAGCUGAUUGAUAUUGAAGAUUGUGACCUCAAUGUGGUGAGACUGUGUUUUCAAGUUUUCCUUCCUGAUGAACAUGGUAAUUUGACAACUGCUCUUCCUCCUGUUGUCUCGAACCCAAUUUAUGACAACCGUGCUCCAAAUACUGCAGAAUUAAGGAUUUGUCGUGUAAACAAGAAUUGUGGAAGUGUCAGAGGAGGAGAUGAAAUAUUUCUACUUUGUGACAAAGUUCAGAAAGAUGACAUAGAAGUUCGUUUUGUGUUGAACGAUUGGGAAGCAAAAGGCAUCUUUUCACAAGCUGAUGUACACCGUCAAGUAGCCAUUGUUUUUAAAACUCCACCGUAUUGCAAAACUAUCAUAGAACCUGUAACAGUAAAAAUGCAGUUGCGGAGACCUUCUGACCAGGAAGUUAGUGAAUCUAUGGAUUUUAGAUAUCUGCCAGAUGAAAAGGAUACUUAUGGCAAUAAAUCAAAGAAACAAAAGACAACUCUGCUUUUUCAGAAACUGUGGCAGGAUCAUGGUAAUUUUCCUGAGAGACCAAGACCUGGUCCCCUUGGAUCAAUUGGAGAAGGAAGAUACAUCAAAAAAGAACCAAACUUGUUUUCUCAUGGUGCAGUUGUGACAGAAAUGCCCAGACCUACAGGGGUUUCAAAUCAAGCAGAAUCCUACUAUCCCUCACUUGGGCACAUCUCAAGUGGAUUGUCACGUCAUGCCUCAAUGCCACCUCCGCCUUCUUCAAGCUGGUCAUCAGUGGCCCACCCCACCUCACGCUUAGUCAAUACAAAUCCACUGAGCAGUUUUUCAACAGGGACACUUCCUUCUAAUUCACAAGGUAUCCCACCAUUCCUGGGAAUACCUGUUGAGAAUGAUUUAAAUGUUUCUAAUGCUUGCAUUUAUAACAAUGCUGACGACAUAGUCGGAAUGGAAGCAUCAUCCAUGCCACCAGCCGAUUUAUAUGGUAUUUCUGAUCCCAACAUGCUGUCAAAUUGUUCUGUGAAUAUGAUGACAACCAGCAAUGAUAGCAUGGGAGAAACUGAUAAUCCAAGACUUCUGAGCAUGAAUCUUGAAAACCCCUCAUGUAAUUCAGUGUUAGACCCAAGAGACUUGAGACAGCUCCACCAGAUGUCCUCUUCCAAUAUGUCAGCAAGCGCCAAUUCCAAUACUACUGUUUUUGUUUCACAGUCAGAUGCAUUUGAGGGAUCUGACUUCAAUUGUGCAGAUAACAGCAUGAUAAAUGAGUCGGGACCAUCAAACAGUACCAAUCCAGACAGUCAUAGUUUUGUUCAAGGUAGUCAGUAUUCAGGUAUUGGCAGUAUGCAAAAUGAGCAAUUGAGUGACUCCUUUCCAUAUGAAUUUUUUCAAGUAUAACUUGCAAGAUUUAAAUCCUUUUAAGUCUUGGUAUCACCUGUGUAGAUGCAGCAUUUUGUAUUUGUCUGACUGGGAAUAUAAUACUGUAUUUGAGAAUAUAAAAAAACUUUUUUCAGGGAAGAAGCAUGCAGCUUGGGAUGUAGUGAACACAAAAUUGGAAGCUGUCAUAAAAAGACAACUCAGAGACUUGGCAUAGGAACUUAUGCCUGUAAUACUAGCACUUUGGGAGGCCUAGGCGGGUGGAUCACUUGAGGCCAGGAGUUCAAGACCAGCCUGGCCAACAUGGCGAAACCCCGUCUCUACUAAAAAUGCAAAAAUUAGGUGGCCAUGGUGGUGCACACCUGCACUCCCAGCUACCUGGGAGGCUGAGGCACAAGAAUUGCUUGGACCCAGGAGGCGGAGGUUGCAGUGAGCUGAGAUCUCACUACUGUACUCCAGCCUGGGUGGCAGAGUGAGACUCCGUCUCAAAAAAAAAUGCUUUUUUAUAUUUCUUUUUAUAAUGUUUUAAUGUAUUCUUAAAUUUCAAGCAAAUUUAAGAUAAAACUUGUAAUGGCUAUGCCAUUGAAAAACUUAAUUUCUUAUUUUUGAGGCCCAUGGGCCAAGGUAACCCCUAAGGGGUUUUCUUAGGCUUCUUGGAGUUUCUUAGGUUUGUAUGUGUAUCAAAAUGUCUUUAAAGUGUUAAGUUGGGCAGAAGGCAGUUGAAGUGAGCUUUCAAGGUAUGGGAGGUUUUCUACAUUGUAUACUAUUUCAAUCUAUGCCUUUAAACUUACUCAUGGUUUUAGCUUUACACUCAUAUUUUUUAAGGGGAAAACGUUUCCUUGGACCAUUCUCCUUUCUUAAGUGUCCUCGCUCCCUGUGAUCUCAUAAAACUGCCUAUUUGACAUCUUUACCUAGAAAUCGAAUUAAAGCUCACACUCA